AUGUCCCCCGCAGCGUCACGUUGCUCGUCAACGACGGCUACCAUUACCUUGAUCCAACCUUUCCAACCUGAUCUCCAUGAACGAGCAUGGGCAUCAAUACCGCACCCGACCCUCCCCUUGAUUGCGACAGCCCACGCAAAGUCCGUCACCGUGUUUUCUCUGUCCACGCUUUCGUGCCAUAGCAACCUAACCGGCGGCCAUACCCGAUCCGUUCGAUCCGUAGCUUGGAAGCCUGGCCUACCGCCUCAUAAGCUGUGCCUCGUGUCCGGAAGCUUUGAUGCUACCGCGGGACUAUGGCGCUGGGACGGCGACUCUACGGCGGCGACCGCUGGGGCACCUCCGGAUGAGAAUGAGGUAGAAAUCACAGCCUCGGGCAGAAAGGUGGGAAGCGCCGACAGCGACGAGACGAGCCAUAUUGGCGACAAGGACUGGGAGUUCACACUGGUUCUGGAAGGCCACGACUCGGAGAUAAAAGGCUGUGCGUUUGCACCGUCCGGCGCAUACCUUGCCACCUGUUCGCGCGACAAGUCCGUGUGGAUCUGGGAGGACAUUGGCGCAUCCGAAACAGACGACGAGUGGGAAACCGUUGCCGUGCUUAAUGAGCACGAGGGAGAUGUCAAAGCCGUGGCUUGGUGUCCAGAUGUUCCGGGGAGGAAUUCUCGCCGCCAGUACAGCUCCGACGUCCUCGCCAGCGCCAGCUACGACAACACCGUCCGUAUAUGGCGCGAGGACGGUGAUAGCGAAUGGGUCUGUGUCGCGGUUCUGGAAGGCCACGAAGGAACCGUCUGGGGUAUUGAAUGGGAGCCGCGGCCUAAAAACGACCGCUUCCCACGCUUGCUUAGCUACUCUGCCGAUGGGACGGUGCGCCUGUGGACGCUCCAGCAAGAUCCAGAGGGCCAAGAAGACAACGAUGGAUUCGGGGCGGGGAGCCGAAGUUCUCUUGGGGGCAUUCCCAACACCAUGAGGAGGUCUCUGAGAGAGGAAUGGACAUGUGCUGCUGUUUUGCCCACGGCUCACGAUCGAGAUGUAUACUCUGUCACUUGGAGCAAGGAUUCCGGCUUGGUUGCCACCACAGGAAGGGACGGCAAGGUUGCUCUCUACAAAGAAGCUGACACCCCGUCUGUAUCUGUGACAGCCUCUGAAGGGCAGCAUGACAAUACUGCCUGUAUUGAUGGCUCUGUCAUGCCGAGCGUGUCUAAUGCGCAGCUUUCAACAAUGGCACCAUCUCCGACAACGUGGGAAUUGCUAACUACAAUACCCAAUUCCCAUGGACCAUUCGAAGUAAACCAUAUAACCUGGUGUCGGCGUUAUGAUGCUGGCUCUGAGAAACGAGGAGAGGAGGAGAUGCUGGUGACUACUGGUGACGAUGGUAUAGUCCGCUCGUGGCAAGUCAGGGUGGAUGAUGCGCCGAGGACGGGAGGUCCGGAGCAGGGUAUAUGA